AUGGAAAUUGAUCUGAACCAUCCAGUGACUGAGGUGGAGAAGAAUGCAUUUUGUACUAAUGGGGACUCUUCAUCUUCUUCAAACUCAACUUCUUCAAAUUCUUCUUCAUCUCCAGUUUCCUCUUCGAUUUACUUGGAGCUUUGGCAUGCUUGUGCUGGUCCUCUCACUUCUCUCCCUAAGAAAGGGAAUGUGGUUGUCUACUUCCCUCAAGGCCACUUGGAGCAGGUUGCCUCUUCCUCUCCUUUCUCUCCCAGGGACAUGCCCAACUUUGAUCUCCAGCCACAAAUAUUUUGCAAAGUUGUAAAUGUGCAGCUACUUGCCAAUAAGGAAAAUGAUGAGGUCUACACUCGACUUACUUUGCUUCCUCAACCAGAGUUGGUAGGACAGGAUUUAGAGGGCAAAGAGCUUCAAGAGAUAGGUGUAGAUGGAGAGGGUGACGGUGGAUCACCAACAAAAUCAACCCCACACAUGUUUUGCAAAACACUUACAGCUUCCGAUACUAGCACCCAUGGAGGGUUCUCUGUUCCUCGAAGAGCUGCCGAAGACUGUUUCCCUUCACUGGAUUAUAAACAGCAGAGACCCUCUCAAGAGCUUGUGGCCAAAGACCUGCAUGGAGUUGAGUGGAGAUUUCGUCAUAUUUACAGAGGUCAACCAAGAAGGCAUCUUCUUACUACCGGAUGGAGUAUUUUUGUUAGUCAAAAGAAUCUUGUUUCAGGGGAUGCAGUGCUAUUUCUGAGGUACGCAUCCUGGAUAAUGAUGCUGAAAGCAUUUUCCCCUCAUGUGGAGGGCGAAGAUGGAGAGUUGAGAUUGGGGAUCAGAAGAGCUAUUCGACCUAGAAAUGGUCUUCCUGAUUCUGUUACUGGCAAGCAGAAUUCAGUUCGCAGUGUUCUCUCACUGGUGGCUAAUGCAAUAUCCACCAGGAGUGUGUUCAAUGUUUCCUAUAGUCCAAGGUAUGCCAUUUCAGGUGGUGAAAUUGUGGCUUUGGUUCUUUACACUAAGGCCAGUCAUGCAGUGUUUGUUGUACCCUACCAAAAGUACAUAAGAAGCAUCACCAAUGCAGUUUGCAUGGGGACAAGAUUCAACAUGAGAUUUGAAAUGGAUGAUUCUCCUGAAAGAAGGUGUAGUGGUGUAGUAACUGGAACAGCUGACUUGGAUCCCUAUAAAUGGCCUAACUCAAAAUGGAGGUGCUUAAUGGCUUCUGCUACCUCAUUGUACCAAGCUGGUACCACAACGGUCAGAUGGGAUGACGAUAUCAUCAGUGAUCAUCAAGAACGACUUUCCCCAUGGGAAAUUGAUGCUUCCGUUUCACUCCCACCCUUGAGUAUUGAAUCUUCCCCAAGGUUGAAGAAACUGCGGACUGGUCUGCAGGCAGCCCCAGCUGAUAACCCCAUAGCUGGAGGUGGUGGGUUUUUGGACUUUGAAGAGUCUGUAAGAUCCUCUAAGGUCUUGCAAGGUCAAGAAAAUAUUGGUUUGGUAUCAGCCAUGUACGGAUGUGAUACUGCAAACCAUCCACUGGAUUUUGAGAUGCGGAAUACAGCACGGCAAAAUCUCAUUUUGACAGGAAUAGAGAAGGCUAAAAUCAAUGAGUUAACUAUAUCUCACCCUGCCACUUACACAGGAUUCACGGAAUCUGAUAGGUUUCCGAAGGUCUUGCAAGGUCAAGAAAUAUGUUCGUUGAGAUCCAUGGGUGCUUUGGGAAAGCCCAAUAUUGGAUGCAGUUCUUUCCAGAUGUAUCCAGAACCCAGACCAGCUUUCUAUCCUGUAGCAGCAGAAAGCCUUAGAAAUAUGUACUUUCCCUAUGGUGAUUUAUACAAACCUGGCCAAGAUCCCAGGAGACACUCUUAUGCAACUAUCUUCCCUGGAGAGAAUGUCCAUUUCAAUGCAUCUUCUAUUCAGACUUGUGUGGUUAGGGAAGAAGUUAGAAAGCCAAAUCAAUCAAACAAGCAUAAGAUACAAGAAAGUAUUUCUGCUUCACCGGCUUUAAGUGCAAAUCUAAGAAAUCAAAAGGAUGACUAUUUUAAUGGGAAUUCUACUGGUUGCAAACUUUUUGGGUUUUCCUUGAAUGCAGAAACAUCUCCAAAUUCGCAAAACACUGGUAAGAGGAGUUGCACAAAGGUUCACAAGCAAGGUAGCUUGGUUGGAAGAGCUAUUGAUCUCUCAAGACUGAAUGGAUACAGUGACCUCUUGAAUGAACUAGAGAUACUAUUUAGCAUGGAGGGUCUUUUACAAAAUCCUGAGGAAGGAUGGCGGAUCUUGUACACUGACAGUGAGAAUGAUGUAAUGGUUGUCGGAGAUGACCCAUGGCAUGAGUUCUGUAAUGUGGUAACCAAGAUCCAUAUCUAUACCCAAGAAGAAGUGGAGAAGAUGACCAUUGGAAUUAUUGGGGACGAUACUCAAAGUUGUUUGGAUCAGGCACCUGUGAUUAUAGAAGCAUCCAAGUCUUCCUCAGUGGGCCAGCCAGACUGUUCGCCAACAUUCAGUAGUGAAUGGAACUUAUUGAAGCUUAGGACUUCUAUGCCUUUCUUGGCGUCUCUAUGUAAGGAUGGUGAAUUGAUGAUUGAAGUUUGUUUAGGUAUGAACUUUCAACGUUGGCUUGAGGAAAUAUGGAAUAGACUUGUACCUAAUGCAGUUUCGGAGUUGAAUGCAUCAUGGUAG